AUGGAUGCAGCUUCUUUGCACAUAACAAUGUAUCCAUGGUUUGCUAUGGGGCACUUAACCCCAUUUCUCCACCUUGCCAACAAGUUAGCCAAAAGGGGACACAAAAUCUCAUUCUUCAUACCCAGAAGAACACAAGCCAAAUUAGAAAACCUCAACCUUCACCCAAGUCUCAUCACUUUUGUCCCUGUCAUUGUUCCUCACGUUGAUGGUCUUCCCUAUGAUGCAGAAACUACUUCAGAUGUUCCCUCAUCUUUGUUCCCACUUAUUGCCUCUGCCAUGGAUCUCACAGAGAAGGAUAUUGAACUUCUCAUGUUUCCUGAUUGUUCUAUCAAGCUGCAUGAACACGAAGUUAGGUUCCUUGGUGCAGGAAGGAAACUGGAGUCCUCUUCGCCCGAGUCAUCCAACUCUACUUUGGAAGAAAAAUGGGGUGAAUGGCUUGGUAGAUUCAAGGCUGGUUCCGUGAUUUACUGUGCAUUUGGAAGUGAAAACUCCUUACAGCAAAACCAAUUGCAAGAAUUGUUAUCGGGUCUUGAGCUAACUGGAAUGCCAUUUCUUGCAGCACUUAAGCCUCCUACUGAGUUUGAGUCCAUUGAGGACGCUCUCCCAAAAGGGUUCAAAGAAAGGGUUCAAGAAAGAGGUGUUUUAUAUGGGGGGUGGGUGCAGCAACAGUUGAUCUUGGAACACCCUUCUAUUGGGUGCUUCAUAACACACUGCGGUGCAGCUUCUCUAACUGAGGCACUUGUGAACCAGUGCCAGUUGGUGCUGUUACCCUGCCUUGGUUCUGAUUUCAUCAACGCAAGAACCAUGGGUGGAAAAUUGAGGGUAAGAGUGGAAGUGGAAAAAGGUGAAGAAGAUGGUUUGUUCACCCACAGGAAAGUGUGUGCAAAGCUGUGA